CACACGUCAUAACUCCGACAAGAUGGCCGGGAGUCGGGGGCUAAAGUGAGGAAGGAAACCAAAACACGGGCUGCUUCGAGCUCAUGACGACCAGUUAUUGCGAGUAGAAUCGCUUUCUGACUCGGUUCUUUGGAGUUCCGUGUGCGACAUGCCGGGGUCGGUGUUGUUUGUGGCCGCGACCAGCAGACAACGUUCGGUUGUCUGCUAUGUUUGGCUAGCUAGGUAGAGAGCUAACAAUGCUAUCUGCCUGCGAGCUGGCAAAACUGUUACCGAGGGACUUCACUCUUACAAAGUGACAGCGGCCUUAGCCUUGUGUGAAAAGUUUCAUUUUGUUCCCGAACAACAUGUCAAUUGCGGCCAUCUCGUAACAUCUUGCGUGCGUCGAAUGAAAGGGAGAAGUUAAAUGACUCGACCCCAACUAGGAACUUAGCAAACGCCUGUUAGCUUGUUCACCCUUUUAUGAUGUAAUUUAUUUUAUUCGGGGAAGUUCAGGCACAUUUUCAACUCUACAAUAACUGCUCAACAGUACCCGGACCUUGUAGUCCCGUGGGCCCAGCCGCCCACAAUUACGUCACCUAACAAGUGCCGGACGUGAGUUUAGCCGAGGAGCUGUCAGCCAGUCCCACCAUGGCCCACCCCCCUGGGAACCUGCCCGGGAUGCAGAACAUACGAGUGGACCCAGAGGAGCUCUUCACAAAGCUGGAGCGCAUCGGCAAGGGUUCGUUUGGCGAGGUCUUCAAAGGCAUCGACAAUCGGACUCAGAAAGUGGUGGCCAUCAAGAUCAUUGACUUGGAGGAAGCCGAGGACGAGAUCGAAGACAUUCAGCAGGAGAUCACCGUGCUGAGCCAAUGCGACAGCCCCUUUGUCACCAAAUACUAUGGCUCCUACCUGAAGGACGCCAAGUUAUGGAUCAUCAUGGAAUAUUUAGGAGGAGGCUCUGCUUUAGAUUUGAUGGAGCCAGGUGCUCUGGAUGAGACCCAAAUUGCCACCAUUCUGAGAGAGAUCCUCAAGGGACUAGAGUACCUGCACUCUGAGAAGAAGAUCCACCGGGAUAUCAAAGCCGCCAACGUGCUGCUUUCUGAACAAGGCGAGGUGAAGCUGGCCGAUUUUGGUGUGGCCGGCCAGCUCACCGACACCCAGAUCAAGCGCAACACCUUUGUGGGCACGCCUUUCUGGAUGGCACCUGAGGUCAUAAAACAGUCUGCAUACGACUCUAAGGCUGAUAUCUGGUCUCUGGGAAUCACAGCCAUUGAGCUGACGAAAGGUGAACCACCGCACUCCGAGCUCCAUCCCAUGAAAGUUUUAUUUCUAAUCCCAAAGAACAACCCUCCGACUCUGGAGGGAAACUACAGCAAGCCGCUCAAGGAGUUUGUUGAGGCAUGCCUCAACAAGGAGCCCAGUUUUAGGCCGACUGCCAAGGAGCUGCUGAAGCAUAAACUGAUUGUACGCCAUGCUAAAAAGACAUCGUACUUGACAGAGCUGGUGGACAAGUACAAACGGUGGAAGGCAGAGCAGUCGAGAACCACAGAGUCCAGUUCUGAUGAGUCAGACACGGAGCAGGAUGGGCAGGCGUCGGGCGGAAAUGACUUUGGCAGUGACAACUGGAUCUUUACCAUCCGGGAGAAGGACCCAAAGAAGCUGCAGAACGGCGAGGGGCAGUCAGAUGAAACGGAGCAGACUAAAGAUAUUCCAAAGAGGCCUUAUUCACAGAGCCUGUCUACAGUCAUCUCUCCUACAUUAGCCGAGCUAAAGGCCAGGCAGGAGCAAAUGAACCGGAACCCUGUCGCCCUGGACGACUUGAAGGAGGCCAUCUUGCGGACUGAGGAGGCUUACCCCGGCAUUUCGGAUUCCCUGGUGGCUCACAUGAUCCACAGGCUUCAGAGUUUCUCCACAAGCAGAGCGUCUUCUUUGCCAUAGUGAGUGGAUCUCUGCUACUCACCCACGGAACCAUCUCGCUCCCCUCCCACCUCUGCCAUUGACCUGUUCACUCAGUAGCAGCUGAUCUUGAUCAACAUCUAUUCUGCGGGGACUGCUGGCGUUGUCGCUACGUGGCAUUUUGCCCGACGAAGAACGGAAGCUCUCAAAGCCUCCGACGCAAGACUUCAGUCCACCGUUCCCUUUUAACCGAAGCAAGCGUCAUAUACCACCAGAACCUUUUUGACAAAGCAUGCUCGGUGUGAACAUCCUCUUUACGCCAACAUGCCUAAAGGUAAACAGCAGCGUUCUUCAUGGAAAACCUCAGGUAAAGUGCUUUAAGUUGACUGUCAAGUGGGCAGGGUUGUCAAUUUGCAGGAGAUGAUUCACUGUGUACAAAAUGGCCCCACACAUUUUGUAGAUGCUUCUACUGAAAAGGAACAUAAUGAGCAUUUUUUUUGAUGAGUGGCACUUCAUCAUGAGAUUUUUUUUGUUUGUUUCACCAGUCUGUGAGUUACGGAGCCCCAAACAUAUUUGUGGCACAAUAUAGAUGUAACGUAUGCACAAAUUGCUAAAUUCUGAGCUUGAAAACAAAUUUGAGGCCAUGUAAUGGGUAUAAUGUCCACACAAAAUGCUCUGGCCUCGAAAUAUUAAUCUGUGCCAUCAAAUAGGUAUAAAUUGGGGCCAUAUUCUCCCGUUGGCUCGAAGUCUUUUUUCUUUGCGCCUGAUUCACGCACUUUCAAAGUGUGUCGAUUCUCCCGCGCUAACUUCUGCCACACUAGUGACUCAUUGAAGUCUGAGGGAGGCUGUAAUUCUCUAAAACUGGAGCUUUCUUGAGACAUGAAUGCCAUUGAAAUCCACGUGGAAAACAUGUCACACAUUGAAUGUGAAAUUAACUUCCAUAGCGGCUACACAAGUUAAUCACUGAAUUGCUGAUGACAUGCCCACCGCCCCAUUCAUAAGCAAGUAGUGUUCAGUCACAACACAGUAUUGCUUAUGAAUGGGGCAGUGGGCACGUCAUCUGCAAUGCAUACAUAUGAAGUGCGACAUUUUCCCGAUGCAUUUUGUAAGGCACCGAUUUAUUCAGUCAUAAGCACAGUAUUGCGGUGACCGGCUACGUCGGAGCGGUUAACUAAAUCAAAACAUGCAUUAUGAUGUUUCACCUUCCCGGGGCGCUAGCCUUUCAACAGCAUCUGGAGUGCGGAAGAGGAAACACGCUUAAGUCUUUGGGAGAAUUUGUGCUCGGCCAGAUUUGACAGGGAACGCCCACCUUUCAGUGUUACUCCGCCCAGAGUGUGUAAAUAGCAAGAAAGUGUGCAAAUGAUAGAAUUAACUGGUCGUCAGAACGGGCGCGGGCAGAAAACUGCAGAGCUGCGUGCCUUUUCUGACUAAGCACAUGGGAGAUUAGACCCCUAAAUGCUAAUUUCUGACCGAGAAAAAAAAAUUGCGGCAAAGAAAAUGGUUACAAUGUUAUGAAAUACUAAAUUGCGGGUUUAAUAUCAUUCCCAUGAACAACAUGGUAAGCAAAUGGAGCAAAAACUGCAAUACAUGUCCUUAAGGUUUGUUAGAAAAUGUUUCCUUAGCACUUAUAAAAUUUAUUUACGCUAUUAUUAAUUUUAAUAUACAGUCCCCUCCAAAAGUAUUGGAAAAUAGGUCAAUUCCUUUGUUUUUGUUGUAUACUGAAUACAUUUGGGUUUCAGAUCAAAAGAUGAAUAUGAGACAAAGACAGAUGAGCUUGUGUUUUGGAUCAUAAGCAGAUCCUUUCUUUCUCCAUACUUUGGCCUUUCCAUCACUUUUGUAGAGGUUAAACUUGGUCUCAUCAGUCCAGAAAACUUUUGGGGCUCAUCUCUGUACUUCUUUGCAAAAUCCAAUCUGGCCUUUCGAUUCUUUUAGGUGAUGAGUGGUUUGCAUCUUGUGGUAUGGCCUAUAUAUUUCUUUUCUCGACGUCUUCUUCGAACAGUAGCUUGAUACCUUCACCCCUGCCCAGUGGAGGUUGGCAGUGAAGUCACUGACUGUUGCCUUUGCCUGUUUCUUCACGAAUCUCAAAAUGUUUCUGUGGCCGACCUGUUCGAUGUGUUGCUCAGUACACCAGUAGUUUUUCUUUCUUCAGUCAAUCUAAAAGGCAACACCUGCGCAACUCUAAACACCCAUCAGUCACAUGUUCGAAUACUUUUGCUCACUUAAAAAGUAGGUGGGUUCAAACAAAAGGUGCUCUGUCCUGGGUUGUUUAACACGAUGUAAAUACCAUGAAAUAAAAGCCGGAAUUCUGAAAUGUUGUCUCAUAUUCCUCUUUUGAUCUGAAACCCAUGUCUUCGGUAUACAACAAAAAUAAAGUAAUUGACCUUGCCGUUUCAAUACUUUUGUAGGGGACUACAUUUUUCUCUAGUGUGAGGAUAAAAACACACUAGAGAAAAACACCCUGUUAAUGUCUUUCUCUAUUUAAAUGCCUCUCUGUAAUACUUUGCAAUGCCAGGCUUUUCAGAAUGUCUUUGUAGUUGAUCCCCAGCCUAAAUGAAAUUCAAUCAUCCUCAUAUCACUGACCAUUGUGCAGCUUCAGACGGGGCCCGUUUCUAGGGAAUGUGCACUCUAUAUGCUUACCCAGUUGGCCAAUACGGACCAACAGCUACUUGUGGCCACAAAUUACCAUUUCGUGGUCACAAAUUAGCAUUUUGUGCACACAGAAUUUCUGUACUGUGGCCACAAUUUCCUCCCUCCCAUGCUCUGUAGUGAGUAAAUCUCAUUAGUGUUUUCUCAGUCGACAUCCCAAGUUCCAAUCCUUCCAUUUCAGUGGCCCGCAAAGAGCAACUGUGUUUGAAGGAUGGAGGGGAUUCUGGGACAACACAGCCAAACAAUGCCACUCAUCAAACCCUCCUCACACGAGAAGUGCCAUGGUUGGACUUUUUUUUUUUUUUUUUUAAAUGACUGUUUCCAUUUCUUUUUUUUACUCCAUGAAAGUGUGGCACUUACUGAAAGAGAACAGAGAGCAAACAUUUUUAUAAUUGCUCAUAGCCAUGUGUUGCUAUGUUUACUUAAGAGCUCCAGAAUCUACUGCGCUAAUGCAGCAAUAAUGUUGAAAAGUUGUAUCACUUGUCAGCACAGAUAAAAAGCAAAUUAAGAAAUAUAUGGUAUUUUUAUAAUUGCAGUUAUGGAAUUAUGGAAUGCUUAAAGUUAUAUAUAUAUAUAUAUAUAUAUAUAAAAGCUACACGCAAAAAAAAUCUGUACAUUUGUUUAUCAUAGCUGGCAGUUUAUAGUACUGUAUAUAAUAUUUGCUUGUCAUUUGAGAAGUUAAAUGUAAGCUUUUAAAGUGGCAUAAGAAAUAAAGAAGCUACUGCAGAUUUUA